AAGGAUCGAGGAGGGAGGGGAUAUUUUAAUGGCCGUCAGUAGCACUACGAAAUGCAAAAAGUGUGAAUUAUCCUCUUUACUUAGACUAUACUAGCCACGGGUGCGUUUGGGCAUCCUCUCUUUGGUAACGAGCAUUGCUUUUGAGACACAUUGGUGUUGGAGCCGAGUUUCAAGUGUUGUUUAAACGGACUUUACCCGCUUGAUUUGUGAGCGAGUGGGAGAUCAGGCCUAGCCGGCUGGCUAACAAACAAGCGGACGUUCAGCUAGUCGCCGGAGUUGAAAGGGAAUAUGUAACAUAAAGCAACCGAUCAUGACAUCCAGAUUUGGUAAAACGUACAACCGCAAGGGAGGGGAGGCCAACUCGAAAUUUGACGAGGUCUUCAACAAUAAGAAGCCCACCCUAACCACCAAAUGGGGGGAGACCACCUACAAGGCUCAGUUGGGUACCAAAAGGCCUGUUUUAAAACCGGAAGUGUCUGAGCUUUCCAAGAGGCCCAGGCUUGAGGACAGUGACAGUGAUGAAGACCCAUUUGGAUUUGACAGUGAUGAUGAGUCCAAGACUGUUACCACUCAAAGUGUGUCCCAGUCUGGGGUCAAAGAAGGGUCGCUAUCAAAUAGCACUACAGUGCAGAGUGGGACUGCCACUGUAGUUUCUUCUGCACAGGGCUCAACAUCCUCAUUAACAACCAAGCAAACAUCUGAAGAGAGGGUUCUUAAAAAUAACCAGCCCAGGUUCAAAAGUACAUCAGAUAGCAACCAAAAGCCUGCAUGCAAGGCCUCUUUGGUAAACACAGUCCCGUCUGUUAAACAGAAUGUCUCAAUGUACCAGAGGCACAUCUCCUCCUCUUCUAAUGUAGUCACCAAUAUCAGACUGUCCACUAAUGCACCAGGUGGUAGCAGAGACUUCCACACCACUUCCUCUUAUGAUGAAAUGUCUUCGGUAGAAAUCCAAAAUGCUGAGCUAGAGCCUCCACCAGAACUAGUGGACAACAUUCCCCCAUCCCCAUUUAUCCUGAGGGCCUCAAACUGCAAGAAAUACCAGCGACCCACCAAGGCUAACAAAACGUCCUCUGAACCGGCUGAGAACAACAGCAUCCAGCCCACUGAAACAGCGAACGCCCAAGAUAAACCCAACAGUGUCCUUUCUGCUAACGCAAGUGUUCCUGCUGCCAAAGCUAAAACGGCAGCCAAGCCCGCAGGCAGGGGCGGCGGGAGGGUACGGGACUACACGGUCCUGCACCCUUCCUGUCUGUCGGUGUGCAACGUCACCAUCCAGGACUCAAUUGAGCGGAGCAUCGAUGAGCUAGUCACCCCAGCUGCCCCUGCUGACCUGGGAGACUCAGGCCAGAUGAAGAAGAAAUCCGACGUUCCCCCGAUCAAACCCACCAGGUUCAGACCCACCCAGACAAAGACCAAGAAGACAAAGGCUGAGACCAAGCUAGAGUUCUUUGGCUUUGAGGACAAAGAGGAGCAGGGGGGCGAGGAGGGUCCUGAAGCUGGGAAGAGUAACUACAAGAUCAAGUACUUUGGCUUUGACGACUUGAGCGAGAGUGACAGCGAUGAUGAGGAGUCUAUCCGCAAAGAGAAGAAGGCCAAGAAGGCGGCUGCAGCCUUAGCGGCUCUGAGCUCCAGCGUGGACAGCCCGCACACCAGCGACUCUCAGGACAGCCAGGCCAGCAGCAACACAGAAGCUUUUGACUUGUCUGAAGACUCUGGCGCCGAGGGACAAAAAGGACGACCAGGGAAGGCAGGCGAAAAAUCCAAGGAUAAUGCAAGUGGACUAAAAAAGAUCUUCAGUGGACCCAAAAAGUCACCGGCUAAGGCCGUGUACAACGCUCGCCACUGGAACCAACCUGAACCUGAGGAGGUGCCUGUGCCCCCACUGUCCCGUGCUCAAACUGCUCCGGCUAUUUUAUCGAGCAGCAGCAAGGACAGCAACUCCCAUAAAGAUGAUGGCUUGUUCAAAGCCCCCCCACCUCCGCCUAAAGUCAUUAAGUCGGAGACCCUCCCCACGCGACUCAACCAGGAUAUUGUAACUGCGCUCAAAUGCAGGAAGGAGCACAAGGAGCUGUACACGGUGGUGCAGCAUGUGAAGCACUUCAAUGACGUGGUGGAGUUUGGAGAAAAUCAAGAGUUCACUGAUGAUUUUGAGUACCUGGAGACGGGGCUUAAGAGCAGUCAGCCACUCAACACCAGAUGCCUUAGUAUAAUCAGCCUGGCCACGCGCUGUGCCAUGCCCGGUUUCAGGAUGCACCUGCGGGCCAGAGGGAAAGUGGCUGAAGUCUUCAAUAUGCUCAGUGAUGCUCCACAACACCCGCCCUUAAACAUGAUCCGAGGAGGCAGCGAGCAGCCGUCCAGCCACUCUGAGCCAGAAUACCUGCCCAUCAACCUGCCAGCUCUGCAUAUCCCACGGAUGAUGUUCCAGAGGGGCCAGGCUCCCUGGAGACACAGCCCAACACAGAGGCCCUUUGAGUAG